AAUGGUAGAUGGCCAGCUAUACGCUCCACAUCAAUUCCCGGUGUCUCCACCUUAUUAUCCACAGCAAUUUUCUCCAACUUUGCCGCAUGUUAGUCCAACACAUCCAAUUUCGCAAACUGAGCUGAUGACACCAGGAAGUGGUGGCAAAGAGGGUGUUGGUGACAAUAUGGUCUUUGGUCCUGGAUCAGGUUACUUUGUACAUUUUGGAUCUUUUGAUGGAGGAGACUUUUCUGGCAAUGGUUAUAGCCCUGGCUUCUACAAUUUCGAGGGGGAGUUUGGAACUGGCGAAGUAUUACCAAAUCAAUCAAAUCUUUCACGCAAAGGCAGUUAUUUUUCCCCAUUGACAUCAGCACCAGCUUAUGCCCAAUCAAUUGGCGUAUUGGGGUCAUAUGGCCACAACGUUGGACAGAUUUCUCAAGAACAUAGACCAUUUCAUGGAUUUGGAUUGUCAUCAAGUUCCUCCACUAGACACUAUCAACAUGGUGGCUCAUAUCAGAGCUCAAACUAUGGUGGUGCAUCCAUUUCUCACUGGGGGGCUAAUCAUGGCAACCGACUCACUCUUGACAAAGGCGGAAGACGAGAAAGGGACCGUGAUUCAAUUUGCCUUUUUACUAAUUCAUAAGGUAUCUCUAGUGAUCAUAAUCGCGGACCUAGGGCUUCAAAGCCAAAGGGCAAGAACACUUCUGAAGAGAGCUCAUUAUCCGUUUUUAACAGAGAUAGUGCGUCUACCUCUGGGGUUCAUUUUGAUCUGUACAACCAUCCAGAUUUUGUCAUAAAUUACGAGAAUGCGAAGUUUUUCAUCAUCAAGUCUUUCAGCGAAGACAAUGUUCACAAAAGUAUUAAAUACAGCAUUUGGGCUAGCACAACACUUGGAAACAGAAAGUUAGAUGCUGCUUAUCGUGAAGCAAAGGGGAUGAAGGGUCAUUGUCCAGUCCUUCUCUUCUUUUCUGUCAAUGCAAGUGGACAGUUCUGUGGGGUAGCUGAAAUGGUUGGACCUGUAGAUUUUGAGAAUGAUGCAGACUACUGGCAGCAGGAUAGGUGGACUGGGCAGUUCCCUGUACAGUGGCAUAUUAUGAAAGAUGUCCCUAAUAGUCGGUUCCGCCACAUACUACUUGGAAAUAAUGACAACAAGCCUGUUACUCACAGCCGAGAUGCUCAAGAGGUGAAACUGGAACAGGGCAUUGAGAUGUUGAAGAUUUUUAAGAAUUAUGAUGCAGAUACGUGCAUCCUGGAUGAUUUUAACUUUUACGAUGAGCGAGAGAAAGCCUUGCAGAAAAGGAAGGCUAGACAGCGAGAAGGUUCAACCAAGAAUGCUUCACUUGCCCUUGUUGAUGCCUCAAUAAAUCAACUUUCUGAUAAUUUUGCUGGAGCUCUUCAGUUGGAAAAUGGGAAGGAAGUUCCCAUAAUAGAAUAGAGUAUUGGCCACUAAAAUGGGUAUGUGGAAGGAAUAUAACUGUAGCAUUGACUCGCACAUAAGAGUUAGGUAUAAGUAAUCUGGGUUCUGGUGUUGUUUUAACUGGACACAUUGCCGAAGGCAAAUUUUUGAGGUGGUAUUUCAGAAUUUCAGUCAUCUCCAACGGUUUUAAAAAAGUCGUCUUUACUUUUUUAGGGUCUUUUAAUUUGUAAACUGUUCAGAGUAGUUGGGUGGUAAUUUGGGCAUUCUUAGUUGAGACAGACAGGGAAGCUGUGGUACACUACUUGUUCCCUUUUGGUUUAUCUUUUAAUUGGUUUCCUUGGUGGAAGGUGGUGUCAGGCAUAUGGAGGAAAUUGAAGUGGGAUUGUUCGUCAUCGGAGCAAUCUGUUCUUGUGUGGUUGACUCCAUGCUGGUUGUAAUUUUAGAUUUUUGUUGAUAGUACAGAGCAAUUAUUGCAAGCUGCUGCGAAAAGGAAAUUGUAAAAUUACCCAAUUUGGGUGGUCACUGAAGUAAAUGCAGCAACGGCAAUUUUACAGAAAUUGAACAGAGCAUUUCCCAUAUUAUUAUUAUUAUUAUUAUUAUUAUUAGUUAUAUACUUUUUGCUGAUCU